AUGACGGAAACAACACAAAGCAACACUGGUGAUAAAGCCACAGAGGUUAACGUCGGCAACGGCUCAAACGGAACGGCGGUCUUGGUGGCGUCUGCUAGCCGAGUAUCCAAGAAAACUGGAAGCAAGAAGAAGAGAAAGGACAAGUGUUUCGCGGACAAGUGCGGGUCGUCAGCGGUGAAAUUCGUAGGCGACUGCCAAUUUUGCCAGGGCCACUUUUGCUCGAGACACCGUCUCAUGGAAAACCACUCGUGUCAGGGCUUGAAGUCCUGCAAGGAGCAAAUGCAUCAGCGAAACGCUGAAAAGCUGGCGGCGGAGCAGACGAUCGUGUCAAAAAUACAGAUUUGA